AUGUCUGAGUCUCCCAGAUCCGAGCGGUACAUGUACCUGACCAGGUACAGUACCCCGGUACCCGAACUGGAUGAUCACCGCCUCCAGAUGCAGACGCCUCCACGAAUUGAGGCCCCGGUCGAGCGUUCUUAUAGCCCGCGCGAUACCACUCAAGGUCCUGAAAUAAUCGAUCGCCCAGACUUACUCAGUCCGCAAGAUGCCCGAAGGGACGGUCCAAUUCCCCGAGACUUCGAAAAUGCCGCGGAAGACGACCGUUCGCUGAAUGAGUUGAACGGACUCGGUCGACGAUUCUCAGUCGAUCAUAACGGCACUUACCAGACCCCUCGUCGCAUCAGCAUUGUGAACCCGGAUCUCGCCAACGCUUCCUGCGCCUCGUCCGUGUCCGCUCGAUCAUCCUCUCCUCCCAAUUCAGUUGAGGCUUUUGCCGACCCGCGUCGCCGUGAGCGCGCCAAUACCCUGGACAGCCAUGCGCCUCCCGACCUAGAAGCUAUUCUGCAACGCACCGUUUCAGGUGGCACCCACAACCGGCGCCCGACUUUCAGCAACGCCAGUGUCAUUCGCCCCCAAUUGGGUGAUGUGCCAUUCGACACGGCAGAGGAGGCUUGCUUCGACGAGCCGGGCCGUAUUCCCGUCAUUGAUUACGAGGAACUGGAGGAGUUUGUGGCUCUGAACCCGAGCACCAAAGUCGGCGAUGGCGAUCACCGCAAGCACAGCAUGAGCUCGCAGAGCAAGAGGCCCCGCAUCUUUUACGACCUCCGUCCUAGCGCGGAGAGCCCUGAGAUUGGUGCAAUCAAGAAGACCAGCUCGUCCGAUACACUGAGUCAAGAUGAAAAGAAGGAGGCUGAGGUUACAAAUGAAAAGGAGCGGGUUAAACCUCUCCAGAAUACAACCCAGCGCUCUCGCUUUGGGUUCUUUUCGUCCGAGUCUCAAACCACAGUUCAUGCUGCCGAUUUGGGAGAUCUGGUGCUCCCUGGCGAAACCUUCCGAGAUCUUUUCGAACUUGGACCGGAGGGAGGUGUGUGGUGGUUGGAUGUGGUCAACCCCACCGAUGAAGAAUUGGGAGCUAUCUCCCGGGCUUUCUCUAUUCACCCGCUGACAACGGAGGAUAUUCAAACCCAGGAAGCCCGCGAGAAGGUGGAAUUAUUCAAACAGUACUACUUUGUCUGUUUCCGGACCUUCUUCCAAAUGGACAAAACCAGCGAGGAGUUCCUGGAGCCUGUCAAUUUCUACAUGGUUGUCUUCCGAGACGGUGUCCUCACUUUCUCCUUUGAGGAAAACCCUCACGCAUCCAAUGUUCGGAAUCGUAUUGGAAAGCUGCGAGACUACGUAUCUCUCAGCAGUGACUGGAUCUGUUACGCGAUGAUCGACGACAUCGUGGAUAGCUUCGGCCCCGUGAUUCGAGAUGUGGAAUUGGAGUCCGAGGCGAUCGAAGACCAUGUAUUCAUCGCCCGAGUCGACGAUUUCGAAUCCUUCCUUCCUCGCAUUGGAGGCCUGCGCAAGAAAGUCAUGAGUUUGAUGCGCCUGCUAGGCGGCAAGGCCGAUGUCAUCCGUGGAUUCUCCAAGCGCUGUAACGAGCAAUACUCGGUUACUCCCCGUGGUGAUAUUGGUCUUUACCUGGGUGAUAUCCAGGAUCACGUCGUGACCAUGAUGUCGAACUUGGCGCAUUUCGAAAAAAUGCUCAGCCGGUCUCAUACCAAUUACUUGGCUCAGCUGAAUGUUACCAACUUGGUGCUGGGAAAUCACGUCAACAAGGUCCUCAGCAAGGUCACUUUGAUUGCUACGAUUCUGGUCCCCAUGAACUUGAUCUGUGGUUUGUUCGGUAUGAACGUAGAAGUUCCCGGCGCGCACACAGAGGGAUUGGCAUGGUGGUUCGGCAUUCUUGGAGUGAUAGCAGGUAUUGUUGUUGUGAGUAUUGGCAUAGCCCGCUGGCAGAGGCUGCGACACCCUCCCCUCCGUCUUUCCAUGCGACACCAAUACAACGCGCUGCAGUGCUACCUUACUGCAACGAUUAGCGCAAUCUUUCUCGUUUUCGUACUCGCCUGCGACUCGGUAGCCUAUGCCGAUGCUCUCCAUGGCCCGGGUACAGAGAACGCCUUGAACCUCCGAGGGGCGGUUAUGAGUGACGGGGCAGGACUCCCACUUGCGCUGGACUCGUUCAAUGGGCUGGAACUUCGUGACACCGUCGACGAAGAUGGCGAGUCAAAUGGGCUGGACCUCGUGCGCAGAGACUCUAAUGCCCCGAAAGCAUUAGCUAACAAUCAGUUCGACACGCGGGACUCGUUCAAGAUCGGCGAUGUCCACUGGUACUACCUGCCCAAAACAGUGGUGAACGGCAAACACGACACCCCAGGUCCCGGUCUUCCUUCAUACAUAAAUUCUACGGAGGUAGAUGACGACAACUCGAACAAUGAGCGACGGAAACGAGACAUGGACUUUUCGAAACGAGCGACGACGACAGUCUACCUGUCGCUCACCACCUGCCAGAAACCAUAUACCAACAAAACCAGCGCCCGAGGCGCAUUCCCGCAGUUGCAGCUGUAUGUGUCGAAUUCGGAGAAACUGCAAGAGCCAGGACCGGGCAAAGACGACUCGCUGCAGGAUAUGCACACUGCCGUUGGCGGAUACGUGGGAAUCACCAUAGACACGGACAGCGACGUCUUCAUCGGCGUCGCAGCGCCUAAUUCAACCGACUACACGGGAGUCUACAAGUACCAGAUUGCAGCAUCCAUCGAUGCCUUUUUCCACAAUAUCGUGGACAAUGAACCAAAUCUGUUCUUCAUCGACGCGGACGUCUCCGCUGCGCUGCUGGUGACGAACAACCUGACUCAGUCCGAGAAGAACUCCUCGAAUUACAAGCAGUGGAUGGACAUCGUCCCUCCGUAUACUAUGUUUGCCCACAACAUCAACGAUACAGCACUGGUGGGCUUGGAGAGAUCGUUCUGCGCCCUCGAUGAGCUUUCACAGGUGGGCCGAAUCAGUAAUUCAACUGAGGUUGGCAUGACCAAUCGUGGACUUGGUAAUAAGCCCAAAGAACAGUUCUAUAUUACUGGACUGAAUCAAAGUUCAUCGUACAGCGGUCUUCUGGCGAUGGUGGGCAAUUCGACCGCGUCCGGGAAUGGCAUCAUCGGCGGCGGCGGCCAGGUAUGGCAACCGAUGAAUUUCACGACCAAAACAGACAACAACUGUGGCGUACUGUUCAACCUAACCUUCUGCUCAGAAGUCGCAUACGCAGUCCCCUCAAACCCUAAACUAAGCGUCGACAAGCUCCGCACAAUCUACGAUGACUACGCCGCCGCCUUCUACCAGAACUUCACCUAUUCCCUCCAACAAGUCCAAUGCAAAACAAACGAAGAAUCCAUGUUCUCCCUCGCCGUCAGCUGCGACGACUGCGCAGAUGCCUACAAACAAUGGCUCUGCGGGGUAACGAUUCCCCGCUGCGCGGAUUACAGUAGCAAUGCCGACUACCUUGCCGUCCGCAAUGCAGGCCAGGCUUUCAUCAAUGGUUCUUCUCUGCCGGAUGAUAGUCCGUACCGGCAAUCCGUGGCGUCGAAUACCUCCCGCAAUGCUAUCAUCGAUGAGUUGAUCAUGCCGGGUCCCUAUAAGGAGAUUCUGCCUUGUCAGGAUAUCUGUCAUACCCUUGUCCAAAGUUGUCCGUCUGCACUUGGCUUCGGGUGUCCUGAGGGCGCGUGGAUGAAUUCUUCCUAUGGGUAUCGAAAUUCAGAUGGUAUUAUUACAUGUUCUUAUCUUGGGGCUGUAUAUUAUUUAAGUCUUGGGGUGAGGCUGGGUGCUUGGGGUUGGGUGUUUAGUUUGUUGGUUAUGGGGGUUAUGUAUUUGCUGUAA